AUGAGAACUCGUCGAAUGGGAGGGACGCGUGCUCCUUUCUCUCCUCCCCAAAAGAGACAGAGGACUGACGCCCCUGAUGUCCCUACAGCUAGAGCCACGCCUGCCGAUGUGUCACAGCAGUUGACUGGGCCAUCCCAGCUCAAGCCCACUGGAUCUCGCGUGGUUAAGGAUAAACCUUCCAGUACACCGCAAGUGCCUACUCCUGAUGGAUUGCCACGUCUCACUGUUCGGCAGACCGGGGCCGAGCUACAGUACCCCCAAUGCCACCUUUUCUGGUUUCUUCCCGACCGAUAUCAAGCUCUCGUUUCACAGCCCUCGGAUAUUAGCUCCUUCACCGAGUCCCCGCCGGAGAUACCUACCUAUAGAGAGCCCGAGCUGCGUACAAUUCCAGUUGGGAUGGUUUUAAACGUACCAGACUACGUGGAUGGCACUGGUGGUAUCAGACUUCGCGUGGCCUCUGAUGCUGCAAUCUUGCACGUUUCCUUUGCCCCUCCCUUUUACAAUAUCAUGACUAGGACGGCGCGAAUUCUGCAGGGGAGUGACUACUGCGUUGAGCCUAAAUUUGCCACGGAGAAGCUUAGACUGAUCAUGGUGAAGGAACUGAUUCAGAACCACAUGCUGGAGUUGACCACAUAUCGCCAUAAAUUCCUCUUGCUGUUGCGAUCUUGGCGCAAGGAACGGAGGCUUUGGGAGGUUCGACUGGCGCUUUCGCAGGUCAGGCGGGGGAACGAGUCUAUUUUCCAGCGCGCCCUUACCCACGAAGAUCUCGACCAUCUCUGCAGUUGGUUCAGAGGUCAACAAGCAGCUGAGGACCGUGGAGAGAUUGAACCAUGCUCAUUUGGUCGCGCAACUGGCAUGGUGCAUAUUUCCUACAAGGAGAUGCCACAUAAUGCGGAAGGCAGCUUUGCGGACGACGCCAUGGUGACUCGCUGGGAAAGCCUGAAGGGGGUUAUAAGGGAUAUCAUUGCGAGAAUCGAUGCCCUACAAGCUGAGGAGGACGAACAGCGACGUUGUAAGCAGGAAGAACGCGCCAAACGAGCCGAUGCUGCAGGCAUCUGUAUUGAUAAAGGCAAAACUCUUCUCCCUCACGGUGAUUCUUUGCUUGUAGAUUUUGAGUUCGACGAUGAAGACCCCUUCCCUUCGCCCCCAGUUAUCGAUCCUCUCCCUCAAAACCCUGCGCGCCGCCUGGGAUACUAUCACUGGCAAGUGGAGCGGCAUGGCAUGUGGGCUGCGAAAGGGCUAUUCAAGCGUGCGACGUAUCUUCCCACAUUUCAAUUGGCUCCUCCCGACGAUAUCUCCUUUUACGAUAAACCGCGCGCAUACUGGCCCCGUGGACAUCAAGGCCUCAUACCUGAGUACGUUGACCAUGUCGAUGAUUUCCAGGUUCAUCCUUGGGGGACACCAGCCACGCGAUUCACACACGCGCUGCACCAGCAGCCUCGCUAUAAUGUCGAGACCAUAUAUUCCAAAAAGGCUCGCUUGGUCCUCAAGGGCAUCGAAGGCUGGUAUUUCGCAAACAAGCAGGUAGCAGUCGGCGGUGUUCAAGACUGGCCUCUUCCUUCCAACGUCAAGGAAGGUCUUACGGAGAUCAUUAAGGGCCUUCAGUGA